AGAAAGGCCCAAUCUUCUUUUUAUUUGGUGGAUAAAAAACGAAUUUGCAUUGUUGGAGAUUCCAAAUUUUGAGGGUUUUUCACAGUGACUCGAGAACAGCUAAGGAAGAAGAAGAAGAAAAUGCCGUGCCUUAACAUUUCUACAAACGUGAACUUGGAAGGAGUUGAUACUUCCUCCGUACUUUCUGAAGCUACCUCCACUGUUGCCAAACUCAUCGGCAAACCAGAAGCAUAUGUCAUGAUUGUGUUGAAGGGAUCUGUUCCCAUGGCUUUCGGGGGUACAGAACAGCCUGCUGCCUAUGGAGAGUUGGUCUCCAUUGGGGGCUUAAAUGCUGAUGUCAAUAAGAAACUCAGUGCUGCAAUAGCUGACAUACUUGAGACUAAAUUGUCUAUCCCCAAAUCUCGAUUUUUCCUGAAAUUCUAUGAUGCUAAGGGUUCCUUCUUUGGCUGGAAUGGAUCUACCUUCUGAAUUUCCAUUUCAUUUCACAAUUGGCCAUCUUUGAGCCACUUAUGAACUGUAUGUAUGUGGUUGGAUCUGUAUCAGCCAAGUAACUUCGUAUUACAUCUUUCUUUGUAAUACUUGGAAUGAUGAAUGUCUGAUCCUUGUGAAUGUUGGAAUCAUCCUGCAUCUAAGCCCUUGAUGUGAUCAUCGAAACGUUGUCUUGAAUAUGAGGUCUGAGCUAUCAGCACUCUUUCGCGUU